AGUCAGCUUUUUCGAAUUAAUUGUCAAAAUUUUGCUUCUACACACUCGAUUGGCGUUUCGAAGAAAACAAUUUUAAAACGAGUUUAGGUCAAUUGAAAAUUGCAGAAAGAUGCCAAGAACUUAACACCCCAAUCCAGGAUGUUAAUUAGUUUACUACUCAAUCAUGCCGCACUGCGUAAGUGUUGCAUUGGCUGUGUGGCAUGUCGAGCCCCGCUGGGUGCAAGGUCAAGUGAUCCACCUUUGAACUCUCGACAGCUGCACGGCAGCAAAUGGAAGCGGCAAAAUGCAAUGAACGAACAGCAAAGGAAAAUCAUACCAAAGUUGGUAUAUCUGCACAAUCCGUGGAAGUAUCUGGUAACCAAGUUCAAUAUGUGGAGGCUCAAGUGGUUGUGGGAUUAUGGGUUCUGUGAGACGGAGUUUGUUGAGGGUUCCAAGCAGGCAGCCAUUGUUAUGACGGACAUAAUACGGCAACAGGGUGCGGAACAGCUUAGUGAGCUUACAACGCCAGUGGGCUUCCAGCAGAUCACACGGGAUAUGCUGCUCUCCCGCAACGAUACGCGACUGCAGCUGGUGCGCUUCGAGAAGGAGCACAUCCGUCGUGCCAUUCCCAUGAAGGUGGCGACACGUAAGAAUUUUGGUCGCAAAUAUGCAUUCAUUGACAUGCUGUUCGUUGGCCUACGCAAUACGAAGGACUUUGAUUCACCCGCCGAACUGGCGGAGAUCAACGAUUUGUUGCGUCGCAUGGAUAUUGAGUUGAAGACGCCACAUGAGAUUAUCUCGGUGCCGCAUCGCAUUGUUUUUGCCGAGAUUUUUAUACGCUUUCGUCGCGAUUACACGGCUGAGUGGAGACGCAAACAGGAUUCGAGUCUGAAGCAAAACGAUGCUCAUUCCUUGGAGCAAACGGAAUCCUCAUCAUCAGCAGAGGACCUGCUGAUGGGACGCAUUUUGUCACGCUUAAACGAUCCGGGCUGGUCGGUGUCCUUUUACAAGAUUCUCACCUUCGAUGUGCUCAACUUUGACCCGAAGCCCAAUCGGCGCUUUUGACAGAAUUACUGCUAAAUUAUUUUGAAUAAAAUUUUGCGUGAUAUUUUUUUAUUUUUUA